AUGGUGGCUAUAAAUCUACAUGGACAACUUGACCUCAGCUACGGUUAUUUGGAAGAUGACCUGCUGCUCAGCUUAGCCAGGACAACAACCAGCCUGAAGGUGAUCACAGUUCGUGUAGACAAGCCCCCAAAUCUCGAGAGUAGCACCACCCCUACAGCGUGGGAGAACCUUACAGCGGCUUGUCCUGAGCUCAGAGUCAUAUUUUGUAUCAAACCCAAAUCUGAGUCGUACUUCCAAGACACGACAUUGAUGCUAACACCAUCCAUGCCGCUCUAUCAAGUCCAGUGGACAUCUGGCAGUGUCAUCGCUAUAGAGAACAUAGUGAAGUUCUUUCAACAUAUGGGACAAAACUUUCAGGAAACUUUACAUCAUCUUGAUCUACAAACUGAUGUUCGUCUAGACAUGGAAUGCAUUGAUACGAUAUUCAAAAGUUUACAGCCGUGCACAAAUCUGGACACUUUGUCGCUAGGUUUGAACUGUGAAAUGAUUGAUGACGAGGAGAAGUACACGACAGCCAUCAAAGAUAUUAUGACGCGAUGUCCGAUCUCAUGUGACGUCACACUGAACGGUCAAGCAGUCAAAUAA